GCCCAUUCGUCGUUCGCGUCCGAUAAUGUAAGGUCAGACAGCCGUCGAGUGCGAGCGGAUAUCGACACACUACACUCACAGUCACACGAGAUCCACGAUCCAUCGGAGAAGGACUGACUGACUGACUGACCGUGGCUGAGGAAAAUCCAUCCAUCAGAGGAAAACCUGUGCUGCUCUCUUCUUGUCGUUCCGUCGCCGAGCCCCAAGUUGGAUGAAGAUGAUGGGUUUUAUUUUCGUUCCUCGAUAUUCCAAUAAUAUCGCGACGCGUGGAGAAUAAAUAGCGUGAAACUUUAAAAAUAAAGUGGAAGUACGAUAAUAAUAACAGAGCCAACAACAAGCGCCAGUGUGAUAUUAAUAGUGCGAAUGUUUUGAAACGCAAGAAAUACCUGAAAGGAGGAAAACCGUGGGAAGUUUGUGUUUUUCCGAGUUUUCUUUUUUCUGUGAGUGCAUUGCCAUAAUUCGACGAACAACUGACUGUGUUUUGACGCUCGCACGCUGCAGUUGAAGGAGAAAACGUGAUUUUCCUCAACGGCCGGAUCCAUCCAUCCAUCUACCCAUCCAGUCUCUGCGGGGGAAGAAAAAGGAAGUGGUUUUCCUUGAACGGAAAUUGCUGAGUAAAAAAAAUUAGGAAAAGAAAAGGUGAACCAUCGCAGAAGGAAAGACGGUGGAAAACGGCGAAAACCGAGAGUGAGAGUGACGUUUUAGUGCGGCGUGAAAGGAAGAAGUCGAAAAAGGGAAAAGCGUGAUAAGUGAAGUGAGUGCGAGUGCGUCCGUGUGUGCGUGAUUUGAGCCGGAGGUCGAGGUGGAAAAAUCGAAUCUCACCGAAAUUUGAUUUUCAUGAAUAAUAUAAAAAGGUGUCGAUAUUGAAUUAUCCCGUAAACCUUACCGACAGACCGAGUUUCUCGGUAAAGGAAGCGCUGAGCUCCAUUCAUACAAGAGCGCGAAGUGACUACCUGGCUGGUCUGGUGGGAGGUUCGAAUUGAGUGGGUGGUGGAAAAAAUACCCACGCUUUCUGGUUACCCUGACUGGUUUGUUGGUUUGUGCGCGUGAUAGUGUGAGUGUGCUACUGGGGAAAGCCUCCUUGUAGGAUCUACAACGCCAACAGGAAGCUUCUUCCCGAGGAGGUACUCUAAUAUCGUGCUUCCGGUAAAGUGCGGGAAAAAUAAGGAAGGAAGGCACUUUCUGGCGUGGCGAAGAUUCAUCCCUAGGGCCUCUCCAUCCGGGAAAGACGCCGAGUUGAGAGUGGAUUACCCCGCAGCUUAAUUGCAUAACACAGCUUCGUCGUCGUCGUCGGAGCCGUCAGCUGCCAUCCAUCCAACAACAACGCGGUGGAGAAGGAGACGUAGCAAGAUCGUGGGUCGUGUCCCCCUUUGCUGAGGUGCAGGAUCGGCGGAACAACCUACGACAAAAAAAAAGGACACCGGCAGUCGUUUCGUUAUUUUCAGCCACCGGAAAAAGCAACUGUGUUAUGAAACUUGUGUUUAAGGUGGAAACACUUCCUGCUGCUGGAGUGUAGAAGAAGAAGAAGAGGAAGAAAAAGCGGAAGAAGAGGAGAGUGCGCGCACCUGGAAGUCAGGAAGAAGGAAGCAAGAAAUCACGGGCAAAAGAGUGCUCCGGCUAGUACCGGCAGUAGUCCAAGCGUGUGAGUGUGUUUGUGGUUGUGUGUUUGUGUGUGCUGUGAGGAAAGCAACGGAGUGCUAUUUUCUACUGGCAGGCAGUGCGACAUAUUUUUAUUACGAUUCUGGUAUUGUUUUUUUCUCGGGGAUUCCGUGAAUGCUAGUGUCGGCGGUUACGUGUUUUGUGCUGGAGCUUUGCCGUUGUUGAUCUAGUGGGAUUGUUGGGAGUGGUGCUGCCACUGUCACCACCGCUGCCAUCGCCGGCCUCAGUUGGGCAAUCAAUCCUGGUAAAGCUGGAGGACGUAAAUUAAGAGUUUGUUUCAACGGCUGACGGCGGAGCAGGUUCACCGCAAAGCAGGAGGACAGGAUGGGUCGGAAAAAGAUACAGAUCUCACGGAUAACGGACGAACGGAACCGACAGGUGACGUUCAACAAGCGCAAAUUCGGCGUCAUGAAGAAGGCGUACGAACUGUCGGUGCUGUGCGAUUGCGAAAUAGCCUUAAUCAUCUUCAGCAGCACCAACAAGCUGUACCAGUAUGCCAGCACCGACAUGGACAAGGUCCUGCUGAAGUACACCGAGUAUAACGAGCCGCAUGAGUCGCUGACGAACAAGAACAUUAUCGAGUUGCAGGUAAACGCACAGAAGGAGAACAAAAAUGGCACCAUGUCGCCGGACUCGCCGGAACCGGAAGACAGCUAUACGCUCACGCCGCGCACCGAAGCCAAGUACAACAAGAUCGACGAGGACUUUCAGAUCAUGAUGCAACGGAACCAGCAGCUGUCGGCGAGCGGGCGGGUGAACAUGGCCGGCAAUAGCUACUCGCUGCCAGUGUCGGUGCCGGUGAUUGGGACGUACAACGAUUCCAGCAUGAUGCAGAGCAGUCCCCAGAUGGCACACAAUAGUAUUAGUCCGCGGCCUUCCAGCUCAGAAACGGAUUCAGUGUAUCCCUCCGGCGGAAUUCUGGAGAUGUCCAACGGAUACCCGCAUUCGGCGUCACCCCUCGGCGGAUCUCCCAGCCCCGGACCGAGUCCAGGUAUUGGCACGCACCAGCAUAACCACAAUAACAAUAACCAUAACAAAACUUCUUUCCCUUUCAUUUUCCCAACUCUAGUGCAACAUCAAGCGAUCAAACAAGGUUCCCCGGGAAGUGCGAACGCGAGGUCAUCCAACCUCCGGGUGGUGAUACCGACGCCCAUGAACCCAACCAUCAACACCGACGAUCUUUCGUACGAGCAACACUCACGGCAGCAGGCGUCCAAUCUGAACACCCCGGUCGUAGCUCUACAGACGCCCAUUCCGGGUCUAUCGAACUACACGACCACGCUCGGUUCGUUCGGGGCGCAGGACUUCUCGAUCAAUUCCGACCUGAGCAUGAUUGCAUCGUGGGGUGCGGCAGCCAGCAAUGCCCACGCGGCGCAGAAUGCCAUGAACUCACUCGGACAGCACUCGAGAAUAUUUUUCAGCAGCGGUCUGCCUCACCUGACCGUACCGAAUAGUACACCCCCGCCGUCGACUUCGCCGCUGUCGGUGAAGAUCAAGGCCGAACCGAUUUCGCCACCGCGGGAACACCAAACGUCGUCCCACCACCACCAUCACAGUAAUCUCAGUGGCGGAGGUGGCCCCGGGGGAAAUAACGGCGGAGGAAAUGGCGGCCAGAACAACAACAAUCAGCUCACGGUGACGUCGAUGGCAGCCUCGGUGGGUCACAGUAAUUCGUCCGUGACGCUCGGUAGCAGUUUGAACCAUUCACAUCUGAUACAUUCGAGGCCUUCGUCGACGGGGCACCUGACGCCGACGCCAGGUUCCCCUCUGUUUGCAGGUUCGGUUACACCCACCAACGCACCCUCGCCGGUGGACAUCAGACACAUAAACGUCGGUGGCCAUCUGCCCGAUUACGACUCGCCGGUGGGCUCCAACAAUGCACAUAAAAGACCCAGAAUAUCCGAAGGUUGGGCCACAUAGCCUUUAAAGGAUGGCGGCGGUGGCGGUCAGGGGGUUUCCAACGGUAGUCACCAUCAUCAUCAUCAGCAGCAGCAGCAGCAGCAGCAGCAGCAGCAGCAACAAUGCUCCUAUCUGGACGAUAAUUCGAACCAGAUUCAGAUGGGUAAUGGUAGUGACAGUGAAUAUAGCCGAAAGUUGCAACAACAUCAUCAACAACAGCAACAACAGCAGCAACAGCAGCAACAACAACAACAACAGCAACAGCAGCGAGCAUCCUCGUCGCAGCACCUCCAUCCGUUCUACCACAGUGCGGUCGUGAAUAGUAAUAGCAACAGUAAUCAUAGUAGCGCCGGUGGUUAUCCGAGUCAGUCCACGUCACCGUACAAUAACAACAAUAGUAACCACAGCAACAACAGUGGUCACCAUCAUUCUCCGUCGCCAGUCGGGAUGGGCCAUAUGCAACAACCACAGCAACAGCAGCAACACUACUGAAAGCACGGUAGUUGUAGUAGGGUGGGUGAGGUUCGAUUGUGAUUUUUCGUAGUCACCAUCAUUCAGAUUCAGAAGAGAUUUCUUUUCGACUUUUAAGUUUAAGUGAGAGCAUUGUUUGAGUGUGUAGGUGUGAGCGAAGUGGGUUGGUGGGAGGAAUGUGCGUGGAUCGAUUGUAAGAAAAGUGCUGCAGCAGCGCUGCGCAAUUGCAGCGCGUGACAUCUUAACUUAUUGCAUAAUGUUUCUUUGCGUUAGAUAUUACUACACCUGUACAUAUAGAAGGACCCGGGACGGGGAAAUACGUUUUCUUUUCAGAGUUAGUCUCUAGUAUAAUUGUGUAGCGUUUUAGUUUUAUUUUCUUUUUGGAUAAGUGCAAUACUAUUGAUUUAAAUGAGAAAAAAAAAGUACACAGAACCAUUAAACCAGAAAGAACCAGUUUUCCAAGUGAAACGUACAGUUCGAUCAGUCAAUUUUUGAGAUAGUAGGGAACAAAAGGGAAGUAGUAGAUUAACGACGACCGUCGUGGGGGGGAGGUUAAUGCAAAAAUCAGAUAUAAUUGUAGGAAAAUUUGUAUUGCAAAUCGUGCAGAGUAGGAACAGGAGAAAUCAAGAGGACGUACUGAGUAAAGAUAAGGGAAGCUUGUUUCCCUUUUUCUGGAUGUGAAUGUCGGUGUUUCACAAACAAUAUGUGUCGCUGUGUUCUUUUUAGGUUAAACAAAACAAAACUCAAAAAAACCCAAAACGGCGGUGUGAAAAAAACGGUGUGAUUUGAUGAUUGCACUUGUGUAUUACUUAUCUGUUUACAUGUGAGAUAUGUUUGGUGUAUCAGAAUAUAAACAAAACAAAAAUCAAGUGAGUGUGUGUGGAUGUUGUCCGGGGAAAUUUGCGCGCGGGGAAGAAUGUGCAGACUGGGAAAUCCUGCAGCAGCCAGACUCGAAAGCAGUUGAAGGUUCAAAACCUGUCACCUGUCAUACCUAGAUGACACUUGCACGUGUUAUUCGUUCAAACCUUUCAUGAAUAUCACCGAUUCUAGUACGUCAUCCGAUCGAAGGGUGCCAAGAGAUAGUCAUUAUUUACUAAAAAAAAACACAGACAACCAAACACACACACACACAUACACAUACUACUACUGCAGUGAAAGCCUUUCAAAGAGCGACACAAUCAUUUUCCCACUGGGAUAAAAACAUAAACAAGAGAAAAAGGAGGAUUUCGCGCAGAAAUCAAAGCAAGCCGUUUUGGCAUCUCGCAGUAGGCGCGUGCGCGGAGUGUACUAGAUUGUGCAAACACAAUCUGGCGCAGGGGGGUGCGUGGUGAGCUAGAGACAGAGAUAGGAUCACGAUGAUACUCAUAAGCUUAGAAAACGGAAUCGGCGGAGACGGACGCAACGCGCCCGGUAUAAACACGCAACCACAUAUCAAAUCGGAAGCUGGAGAUUUCCGUUCCCGGCGCGCGCGUUGUCUUGUGUUAACACAAUAGCACGCAGGUUCAAAUUUCGAUUGGAUUGAUGAACACCCACGUGUUAGGGCGGUGCAAGAGUGUGCGCGUCGUAGCGUGCUGAUUAGAGAGAAAUACAAAACUACCCGAGUUUUAAUCAAUAGGAAAUAGGUUCAAACAAAGCAGAGGAAGAGCCCUAGAUGAGAUGAAGAAAAAAAACUAAGUAAAACAUAGUUUGUGUGCCAUUAAUAGGAUUACGUAAAACAGAGAAAUGAAUCAUGUAUAUUUUUUAGGGGGGGGAAAGAGAGAGCAGAAAGAAAGGAUGGAAGCUUUCAUUUUAAGGGAUUUUUCUUCGUUUUCUUCCGUUUGCACACACACACACACACACCUCUGGAUGAUCUAGUACGUCAAGUCAGCUACUAUCGUAAAAUUAUUCUAUAAUUGUUUCUUAAUCUAGUACGUUGCCAUAAGACGUUUAGAAUCCCCUCUUUUAUGACGACGUCGACGGUUCAGCUUAGUAGGCGUUGCAUACACAAACACGCAUGUAUUGGUUUUUGUUUUUCGUCCUUUGUUUCGUUUCUAGUUCUAGUACUGCGUAGCAAAAAAAAAAUAUUACUAAAACAAUCUUAGUAGCGUGGUAGCUGAACCAGCCAAGGAAAAAAAAAAGAUAUUUAUUUCAAAACAAUGAUCUUGAGUUUGUUUGAGCUUUACGCUAUUCCGGUAAAAAGCGGUUUGCUGAAAUUAGAUGAGAAAAGUUUAAUAUAUGAAACGCUGAAAUAUUGUAAAUUAUAGAAGCAAACGAGAGCGAAACUGCAAGCUUUCUGGAGCUGAGAGAUAAGCGAUAGAGAAAGAGAGACAGAGAGAGAUAUAUAGAGAGAGAGAGCGCGAGAGUAACCAGAACUUCACAGGCCAAAUAUUAGCGAGUGCUGGAAAACAAAAUAAGAAAAAAAUGAAAGAGCGAAAUUAUAUCAGCAGUGCUGCAGCAACAGAGAACAGAAAGAUAUCACAUACAUUAGCAUGGUAUCGGUUUUUCUCUUUCUGUUUUUAGCGGAUUAGUUGACUUCUAGUUUAAAUUUCCUUUUUUCCAGUCAUAGGUUUAUAAACUCUUAAUUUGAAAUAAAAGAAAAAUAAUUUUUA